AUGGCACCUCCCUGUCCACUCGCGGCGGCCGCCCCCGCCGCCGAGCCGCUGCCCCGCAGCAUCUUCAAGAAGUUCCUGGUGAUGCUCUGCUCGCUCCUCAUGUCCCUCUACGUCUUCUACUGCCUGGCCGACCGCUGCCAGACGCUGCCCGGACCCAUCAUCGCCGCCGGUGCCGCCGCAUCGGAGGAGGACGAGGGCGGCGGCGGGGAGUUCCUGGGCGGCUCGGCCGAGCUGCCCCCCUGGCAGGCGGCGGCGGCGCGGCGCAAGCGGCUCCUGCAGCGCCUGAAGCAGCGGCGGCGGCGGCAGGAGGCGGCUCCGGGCGCCGAGGAGCCGGCCGGGGGCGGCGGGAGCCGGGCCGGGGGCUCGGGCGGCGGGGCGGGCACGGCCGGCACCCUGGCGCUGCUGCUGGGCGAGGGCAGCAAGCGGCUGCCGCAGGCCAUCAUCAUCGGAGUGAAGAAGGGCGGGACGCGGGCGCUGCUGGAGUUCCUGCGGGUGCACCCCGACGUGCGCGCCGUGGGCGCCGAGCCGCACUUCUUCGACCGCAACUACGAGCGGGGACUCGCCUGGUACAGGGAGCUGAUGCCCAGGACCCUGGAGGGGCAGAUCACCAUGGAGAAGACCCCCAGCUACUUUGUCACCAAGGAGGCGCCAGCCCGCAUCUCCUCCAUGAGCAAGGGCACCAAGCUGAUCGUGGUGGUGCGCGACCCCGUCACCAGAGCCAUCUCGGACUACACCCAGACCCUCUCCAAGAAGCCUGACAUCCCCACCUUUGAAAGCCUGACCUUCAAAAACAGGACUACAGGCCUCAUAGACACCUCGUGGAGCGCCAUCCAGAUCGGCAUCUACGCCAAGCACCUGGAGAACUGGCUGCUGCACUUCCCCAUCGGGCAGAUCCUCUUUGUCAGCGGGGAGAGGCUCAUCAGGGACCCCGCGGGGGAGCUGGGCAGGGUCCAGGACUUCCUGGGCCUCAAGAGGAUCAUCACGGACAAACACUUCUACUUCAACAAAACCAAGGGCUUCCCGUGCCUGAAGAAGGCGGAGGGCAGCAGCAAACCCCACUGCCUGGGCAAGACCAAGGGCAGGACCCACCCUGACAUCGACCAGGACGUGGUGCAGAGGCUGAGGGACUUCUACAGGCCCUUCAACAUGAAGUUCUACCAGAUGACAGGGCAGGACUUCGGCUGGGACUGA